AUGGAGGUGGACGUGGAUGUGGUCGUGGACGUGGACGUGGACGUGGACGUGGUCCUGGUCGUGGACGUGGUCGUAGACGUGGACGUGGUCGUCCACGAAGUGGACUUGGACGUGGACGUGGACGUGGACGUGGACAUGGUCGUGGACGUGGACGUGGACAUGGACGUGGUCGUGGUCGUGGACGUAGACGUGGUCGUGGACGUGGACGUGGACGUGGACGAGGAGGACGUGGACGUGUACGUGGAGGACAUGGACGUGGACGUGGACGUGGACAUGGUCGUGGACGUGGACGUGGACGUGGACGUGGACGUGGACGACUUGGACGUGGUCAUGGACGUGGACGUGGACGUGGUCGUGGACGUGGACGUGGACGUGGACGUGGUCCUGGUCGUGGACGUGGUCGUAGACGUGGACGUGGCCGUCCACGACGUGGACUUGCACGUGGACGUGGACGUGGACGUGGUCGUGGACGUGGACGUGGACAUGGACGUGGUCGUGGUCGUGGACGUAGACGUGGUCGUGGAUGUGGACGUGGACGUGGACGCGGAGGACGUGGACGUGGACGUGGAGGACGUGGACGUGGACGUGGACGUGGACGUGGACGUGGACGUGGACAUGGUCGUGGACGUGGACGUGGACGUGGACGUGGACGUGGACGUGGACGUGGACGUGGACGUGGACGUGGACGUGGACAUGGACGUGGACGUGGACGUGGACGUGGACAUGGUCGUGGACGUGGACGUGGACGUGGACGUGGACGUGGACGUGGACGUGGACGUGGUCGUAGACGUGGACAUGGACGUGGACAUGGACGUGGACGUGGACGUGGACGUGGUCGUGGACAUGGACCUGGACGUGGACGUGGACGUGGACGUGGGCGUGGACGUGGUCGUGGACGUGGAGGACUUGGACGUGGACAUGGACGUGGACGUGGACGUGGUCAUGGACGUGGACGUGGACGUGGACGUGGUCCUGGUCGUGGACGUGGUCGUAGACGUGGACGUGGCCGUCCACGACGUGGACUUGCACGUGGACGUGGACGUGGACGUGGACGUGGUCGUGGACGUGGACGUGGACAUGGACGUGGUCGUGGUCGUGGUCGUGGACGUAGACGUGGUCGUGGAUGUGGACGUGGACGUGGACGCGGAGGACGUGGACGUGGACGCGGAGGACGUGGACGUGGACGUGGACGUGGACGUGGACAUGGACGUGGACGUGGACGUGGACGUGGACGUGGACGUGGACGUGGACGUGGACAUGGUCGUGGACGUGGACGUGGACGUGGACGUGGACGUGGACGUGGUCGUGGACGUGGACGUGGACGUGGACGUGGACGUGGACGUGGACCUGGACGUGGACGUGGACGUGGACGUGGACGUGGACGUGGACGUGGACGUGGACGUGGACGUGGACCUGGACGUGGUCGUGGACGUGGACGUGGACGUGGACGUGGACGUGGACCUGGACGUGGUCCUGGACGUGGACCUGAACGUGGACGUGGACGUGGACGUGGACGUGGACGUGGACGUGGACGUGGACGUGGACGUGGACGUGGAUGACGUGGACGUGGACGUGGACAUGGACGUGGACGUGGACGUGAAUAUGGACGUGGACGUGGACGUGACGUGGACAUGGACGUGGACGUGGACGUGA